AUGGCGCUUCGCCACCUUCUCCGUCGGGUACGGGUCGUUAAGCCCGAUCCCAACCGAGCUUACGUAGCCCGAUCCAUAUCCCAAUCACUCGCCGAAGCCCCUGAAACCCCACUCCCGUCACCACCACCCACAGACCGCAUGAUCUACGAUCAGUUAGCUGAAGCCGUGAAAUCAAAACUCAGACGGCUCGAAAAUCCCGACUCACGGUUCUUAAAGUACUCAUCGCCGUUUCCGAUUACUACUGAUCACACCCCGAUUUUAUCCUUGCCAGAAACCAAAAUUACAACUUUACCCAAUGGUCUCCGAAUCGCCACCGAGUCCAAUCUCGCUUCCCACACUGCCACUGUAGCAGUCUAUAUCGAUGCUGGGUCAAGGUUUGAGACUGACGAAACCAAUGGCGUGGCUCAUUUUUUGGAGCAUAUGAUAUUUAAGGGUACCGAGAAGCGGCCGGUGAAGGUUCUGGAGGAGGAGAUUGAGAAUUUGGGCGGGCAUUUGAAUGCGUACACUUCGCGUGAGCAGACCGCAUAUUAUGCUAAAGUGAUGGGGGAUGACGUGCCCAAGGCUUUGGAUAUCCUCGCGGAUAUCUUGCAGAACUCAGUGUUCGAUGAGAAAAGGAUCGAGGUAGAGCGCAACGUGAUUCUCCGCGAAAUGGAAGAGGUGGGACAAAGCGACGAAGAAGUGAUCUUUGACCACCUACAUGCAACAGCAUACCAGUACACUCCUUUGGGAAGAACCAUUCUUGGACCUGUUGAGAAUAUCCAGGCAAUCACAAAAGAACAUAUACGGGAUUACAUUUCUACCCACUACGCUGCUCAUAGGAUGGUAAUUUCAGCUGCUGGAGCUGUUAAGCAUGAAGAAGUUGUUGAACAGGUUAAGAAGCUUUUCACAAAGUUGUCUGCCCAUCCCACUGUUACAUCUCAAUUAAUUGCGGAGAAUCCAACUAUAUUCACUGGUUCAGAGGUUCGGAUGAUUAAUGAUGACAUGCCUCUGGCUCAAUUUGCUGUUGCAUUCGAUGGAGCAUCGUGGACAGAUCCAGAUUCCAUUGCUUUGAUGGUCAUGCAAUCGAUGCUGGGAUCAUGGAACAAAAAUGCUGGAGGAGGAAAGCACAUGGGCUCCGAACUUGGACAAAAGGUGGCUAUUAAUGAAGUAGCUGAGAGCUAUAUGGCUUUUAACACCAAUUAUAAAGACACGGGGCUUUUUGGCGUCUAUGCCGUGGCCAAGCCGGAUUGCUUGGACGACUUAGCUUAUGCCAUUAUGCACGCGAUAAGUAAGUUAUGUUACCAAGUCUCGGAAGCUGAUGUAAUUCGUGCUCGUAAUCAGCUGAAAACUGCUUUACUUCUGGAUGGAACCAGUCCUAUUGCUGAAGACAUAGGGCGUCAGUUAAUUACAUAUGGGCGAAGAAUUCCAUAUGCUGAGCUGUUUGCAAGGAUUGAUGCAGUAGAUGCAAGCACUAUCAAGCGUGUUGCAAAUCGAUUUAUUUUUGACCGAGACGUUGCAAUUUCAGCGAGGGGACCUAUUCAGGGUUUACCUGAUUAUAACUGGUUCAGACGCCGGACUUACUGGCUGCGCUACUAG